CAGGAGACAGAUCUUCAGAGAAGGGAUCAUUCUAAGUGCAUGUCAGACAGAAAUAUUUAACUCAAGAUUAUUUAACAAAGUCGUUUGAGUGGACUGUAUACCGAGUAGAAGGAACUGCACCUUCUGGACGGAUUUGAACAAUGCAGACUGCUCCAGCAAAAUCCCCGCAGAAAAGGCAAGUCAUUUUCUUUGCUAUGCUGUUGUUUUUGUGGGAGACUGACUCUGAAGCAAUUAGAUAUUCCAUGCCAGAAGAAACAGAAAGCGGCUACUCUGUGGCCAACCUGGCAAAAGAUCUGGGGCUCAGGGUGGGGGAGCUGGCCACUCGGGGCGCGCGAAUCCAUCACAAAGGCAGCAAUCAGCUCUUGCAGCUUGAUGAAAAAACCGGCAAUUUGCUUCUACAGGAAAAACUAGACCGGGAGGUGCURUGUGGGGCGACAGAACCUUGUAUAUUGCAUUUCCAACUGUUACUAGAAAACCCGGUGCAGUUGUUUCAAAUUGAUGUGCAACUCACAGAUGUAAAUGACCAUUCUCCAGAGUUCCUAGACAGGGAAAUGAUCCUUAGAAUCCCAGAGAGCGCCCAGCCAGGGACUGUAUUUCCGUUGAAAUCAGCUCAGGACUUGGACAUGGGUAGCAAUAGCGUUCAGAACUACACAAUCAGCCCCAACUCCAAUUUUCAUGUUGUUACUCAUAGUCAUGGGGAUGGCAGAAAAUACCCAGAGCUGGUGUUGGACAAAGCCCUGGACCGGGAGGAAGAGUCUGAGCUCAGUUUAACCCUCACAGCACUGGAUGGUGGGGUGACACCCAGAUCUGGGAUCAUGACAGUAUACAUUGAAGUAGUAGACAUCAAUGAUAAUGCUCCCAAAUUUUUACAGUCCCUGUAUGAGGUACAGGUUCCUGAGAACAGUCCUAUAAACUCGUUAGUUCUUGUUGUUUCUGCUCAAGAUUUAGAUGCAGGACCAUAUGGGAGUGUAUCAUACACACUAUUCCAAGAUAAUGAAGUUUCUCAACCAUUUGUAAUAGACCAAAUAACAGGAGAAAUUCGUCUGCAAAGAGCAUUGGAUUUCGAGGCAACUAAACAUUAUAACGUGGAAAUUGUAGCCACAGACAGUGGGGGCUUUUCAGGAAAAUGCACAGUGGCCAUAGAAGUGGUGGAUGUGAAUGACAAUGCUCCUGAACUAACCAUGUCGAGGCUCAGCAGCUCUAUCCCAGAAAACUCCCCAGAGACUGUAGUUGCCAUUUUCAGCGUUUCUGAUCCAGAUUCUGGGGACAAUGGUAGGAUGGUUUGCUCCAUAGAAAAUGAUCUCCCCUUCCUCUUGAAGCCCACAUUUAAGAACUUUUAUACCUUGGUGACAGAGGGGCCACUAGACAGAGAGAGCAGAGCAGAGUACAACAUCACCAUCACAGUGACCGAUUUGGGGACACCCACGUUGGAAACCGAGCACAGCAUAACUGUCUUCGUUUCUGAUGUCAACGACAACGCCCCUGCUUUCUCCCAAACGUCUUACAAGCUCUUAGUUCAUGAGAACCCUCCGCUGUCUGCCAGCGUCACGCUGCACGUGCUGCUGGUGGAUGGCUUCUCCCAGCCCUACCUGCCGCUCCCGGAAGUGGCGCCAGAGCGCGCGCAGGGGSACUCGCUCACUGUCUACUUGGUCAUCGCCUUGGCCUCUGUGUCAUCGCUCUUCCUCUUCUCUGUGUUGGUGUUUGUGGUUGUGAGGCUGUGCAGGAGGCGCAGGGCGGCGCCGCUGGGUGUCUGCUCUGUGCCUGAGGUCCACUUUCCUGGCCACCUGGUGGAUGUCAGUGGCACCGGGACACUGUCUCAGAGCUACCAGUAUGAGGUUUGUUUGACCAGCGACUCUGGGACUAGCGACUUSAAGUUCCUGAAGCCCAUAUUCCACAAUGUAUCUCCCAAGAGUGCAAGAGAAGCAACCCAUUAA